CGCGUGGUGCUGAGUCAGCGGCACCCUGCUCUGGCCCAGGCCCCCGCGCUCCGGGGGCCCGCGUGGGAGGCACGGAGGGCGGCCCCGUUAUCCCCGUGCCCACCCCGACCUCUGAGGCCAGGCCACGGGGCAGCCCCGGGGGUGGGCCUGGUCUCGGGGCGGGAGCGCUCACAAAGACGGGCUUUGUAGGGGCUCUGGGGGCUGGGUGGGCACCCACGUGGCCUUCCUGGGCUGACCGGCCUGGGGCCGUGGGUGAGGGCGGGGGGUGGGCCUCAGGCUCGCCUCGUUCACUUUCCUGACGUCUCCAGGCCACGGUAGGGCCGAUGGACGCCUUCAGCACCAAGAGCCUGGUCCUGCAGGCCCAGAAGAAGCUCCUGAGCAAGAUGGCAUCCAAGGCCACCGUGGCCGUGUUCAUCGACGACACGAGCAGCGAGGUGCUGGACGAGCUGUACCGCGCCACCAAGGAGUUCACCCGCAGCCGCAAGGAGGCCCAGAAGGUGCUCAAGAACCUGGUCAAAGUGGCCGUGAAGCUGGGCGUCCUGCUCCGCGGCGGGCAGCUGGGCGGCGAGGAGCUGGCGCUGCUGCAGCGCUUCCGCCACAGGGCGCGCCGCCUGGCCAUGACCGCCGUCAGCUUCCACCAGGUGGACUUCACCUUCGACCGGCGCGUGCUGGCCGCCGCGCUGCACGAGUGCCGCGACCUGCUGCACCAGGCCGUGGGCGCGCACCUGACCGCCAAGUCCCACGGCCGCAUCAACCACGUGUUCGGCCACUUGGCCGACUGCGACUUCCUGGCCGCGCUCUACGGGCCCGCCGAGCCCUACCGCUCGCACCUGCGCCGCAUCUGCGAGGGCCUCACCAGGAUGCUGGACGACGACAGCAUAUGACCCCGGGCCCGGGUUUCCUGCGGGGCGGGGGUGGUGGCAGUUCGAGGAUCUCCCUUCUCCCAUCCCACCUGGCCAAGGCCCCGGGACACGUCCCCUCGGAGAGGAUGCUGAUCUGCGACAGCGGCGUAAGGCCCCAGGGUCCCUUCCGCCCCAAUUCCGGAGGAGCCCGGCCCGCCCCUCCAGCCACUGGAUGCCUCUGAAAGCUGGCGCUCGCCACUUAACCACCUUAACGAUGUUGCCUGUUCCUUCCGACAGGGUAACGAUGAACCAGAAGCCAGGUAGUGUUAGGGGGUGAGCUGCAUCUCCCCGCAGUCUUUGAGGUCCUAGCCCCCAGGAUCUCUGAAUGUGACCUUAUUUGGAAAUAGGGUCGUUGCAGAUGUACCUAGUUAAGACAACACCACGCCGAGUUGAGCUGGGUCCCCUGGUCCUUGUAAGAAGGGGGCGUUCGGACGCAGAUAAGGCCGUGUGAAGAUGGGGGGGGGACGCUGCAGGGUUGUGUCUACAAGCCAGGGACCCCCCGGGACUGUCAGCAGCCUCUAGAAGCCAGAGGGACGCCUGGAGCGGCCGUCAGGAGCCAGCCCCGCUGACACCCUGACGGCUGACUCCGGCCUCCAGAACUGAGAGGGAACACAUUUCUCUUGCUGCACCUGCCGAGGGGGGCAGCGGGUGCACUCGGUUCCAGCAGGGAAGGUGUGUAGGGAGCCUAGGAAAGUGCUGGGGUGGCUGCUAUCGGUAAGGACGCCUCAGUGGGGUUGGAAUUGCAGCCCUGACUCCCACGGGGAGGGGACAGUGUGCCCCCGACUCCGGGCUCCAGCGUAAGGCCAUCUGAGAUGCACGCCCACUUUAAGAUUAUUUCAUUUGCGUUCAGUCGGCCAACUGUUUUUACGAGACCUCAGAAAGCAAACCUCAACAGAUUUUGGCUUUGGGGACACCCAGAGAAUGCAGGGAUUCUCAAGCUCAGGGUGCAGAUGGACACACGGGGUGUGAGCGUGUAUUUGUGAUUCUUGUCUGUCAGGAGGGCCGUGUGUUUUAGCAGGCCUGCGGCAGGUGGGCCGAGGCAGGGGUGGGAAGGUUAUUCGGGGCACCCGUGGGACUGGGGAGGAGGGGCAUGACAUCUCCUGACGAGUUUUGCAGACCCAGGUCUGUUGGGCAAAGCUUUCACAGAGCCCUGCAGGCCUUUUUAGGCAAGACGACGGGACUGGUCAGCCCUGUCGCCCGAGGCAGCGGCAUUAUUCAAAAGCAAGGACACUGCGUACCAAUCCAGGUGUGGAGCUCGCCUCCAACACUCGCCUGAGCCCGCACCGCCCGCUGCCCCUCUGGCCGCCGCAGUCCCCACCACACCCUUUCGCCUCUGCUGCCCCCGCUGAGCUGGCUGACGCGGCGCUACUGCCCCUGCGGCAGGACGGCCUUCCUCUGGUUUCUGCUUCCCCAAGGAAGCCAAAGUUCUCCUGCCUAGGAGCCAGCUGUCCCACCUCUGCCCCACCCCAAGGAGAACCUGCCCCCCCAUCUUCUGUCAGGAGACAGAUCUUCACGUUCGAGAACAAACGUGCACUCUGAGCACCCGAGAGGCCCCAGGGGCUUGGAAAGCCUCCGUCCUCAGCUUGGCACACCGAAUGCAUCAACGUGCGUAACACUCUGUUCUUGUGUCCUGCUGGGCUGUCCAGCCUGUCUCGACUCUUCAUACGUUUGAAAUUUAAUUUAGAAAAACCAAAGCGCUACAGAACUAUUUAAAUAAAAGCACGUAUCUUCCAUUUG